CAAGAAUCCAGAUUUACCUCAUCGGUUUGAUAUACAGAGUCCCUCUUAAUAUAUAUAUCUCGUCCUAGGGCUCAAAUCAGUCGCAAGGAAAAAUGGGAGGCGGAGGGGCCAUGAGAGCAGCAUCAAAGGUGGCCGGGAUGACCGUCGCCAACACCGGCCUUCACGGCGUCCCGUCGCUGCAUCCGGCGGAGCAUCCGUUUGGCGCUGCCUCUCGCAAAGCCACGCGUCCGGCGUCGUCGACCGUCUCGUUUUCUGACAAGAACAACUACCUGAUCGAGGCGUCAGCGCAGAGGCCGUGUUGGGAGUUCAACGACUGGGAGUUCGCCGACGGCGAGCAAGAGGUGAUCGGAUGUCCCGGUGAGCCGAUACCGAGGCUCGUGUUUGGUGCAGUGCCGACGAUUGAAGAAGCUAGAGAAGCCACUAGUCAAAUAAAAGACGCUCUCGACAAGGUCUAUCUGUCCUCGCCUUAUUCUACUGGCUCUGGUGAUCCGUAUGCUGGUGAUCAUGAGUCUGAUUUGUUGCUUUGCGGUACAGGUCAGGCCAGAGCAAUGUCAGUUCCGAAAGAUGCUAUUAAAGCAUUUAGGCUUCUCAAUGAGAGUCAGGUAGCUCAGUCUGUUGUUGCUUCAAUUGCUAGUGACCCAAAAAUAUGGGAUGCUGUACUUGAAAACGAGGCACUGGUGGAGUUUUUCAAGUCCCAGAAAAGCAAUAUGGAUCCAGUCAUGGAACAAUAUGCUGCCAAUGCAAGUUUUCUUGAUCGUCAAUCAUCAGAAAUCGUCGAUGAUUCUUAUGAUUCUGCGCAAUUUGCAGAUUAUGCAUAUGAGCAUUAUAUGGAUUAUUUUCAGGGCGUGAAGAGUAAAGUGGUUGAGAUGAUGAACAAAUUAUCUGAUUACUUUCAGGAUCUAUUUAGAAGCCCAACAGCAGAGACCGAUGGAAGUGCCGGAACAACCUUUUCUGGUGGAGCUGUCGCGGCAUCCUUCAUGGGAUUGGCAGUCAUGGUUAUUAUGUUGGUUGUGAUGAGGAGGAGUUAGGACUCAUUCUCUCUUGAUGAGUGCACUGAUGGAUUAGCUAAGCUUGUUAAAGUUUUUUUGUAACGGGAUUUUGAUGUUUCUUAUAGAGUGCAAAGAUGGAUUUGGGUAGUUGCCAAAUAAAGAGUUACGAUAACUUUCAGC